GGAGAAAGUUGUUCUUCAUGCUCUUCUAUUCCCUCCUAUUGGACUUGCUGGACAAAGAAACAAGGAGGGAGAUAACCUCUCUCGUUGUAAUUUUUUACUCCAAAACUCACUGCUGACAUUAAAUAGAUGGUUUUUUUUAGCAGAAUGUGGCUCGACGCUAAGAAGUAAUUGAACAGAGAAGAAUUAGGAUAACAUCAAACGAUUGCAAAGCACUAAGACAUCAAAGCACUAAGUCAAGAGUCAAGUAGUUGAGAUUAUAUUCUGAGAAUGACGACGUCUACUCCUACUUCCACGAGGACCAGCCACCGCUUGCUCCAUUCCUUGCCUCGUAACCGAAGUUUUUCUUUUUCCUUGUCUCUUUCUUUUCUCUUCCUCUCUAGCCUUACUCCUGCCCACGGCCUCCGACUGAAAUCUUGCAUUAGUUGUCGGCCGCAUGGUCCUGAAGGCGACUACGUCGCGACUGACCCUAAUGGGCAAACGUUUCCACAACAGCCUCAAAAUGGAUUACCGCAUAUACCCUCAGUGGUGAUGUACGACAUCACCUGGCUAGAACAGGCAGUAGCACGUGGCGGGUACAUCCCCUCAGCAAAUGAACUCCCCUAUAUGCCUAGCGUUCAAGAGAGCAUGUCAAUGUCCACAUGGAGCGACCGAAUGAACACGUUGCAAGCGGCCAGACAUCGGCUUAUUUUGCCAGACCAUAGUGUAGGUCCGCGUGGUGGUGGUGGUGCUGGGAGUUCGAAUACUUAUGAAUGAUUUUUCAAGACCGUCGUAGUAUCACCUGUACUAGUACUCAGAGUCAGAACUUCUGUAUCUACAUUUUUUAGCACUCGACUUCGGCUCUCCUCCCUCUAACCCCCCGUCUUCUGGACCCCUCUCGGCGGUCCCGGCUCCUCCGACUCGACGUCCGAAUAUGCUGCUUACACGACGACAGGUGAAAAUUUGAUACCAGCACGAACACCGAUUCUAGUUUUCGAUCGUAGAAACGGACACGCCUUGAAGUGGGCAGAAUUUGUGCAGGCUUUCGAUUUCUACGCCAGCAGUAACUUCGAUCACGUGGAUUUCUUUGCGGGAGUCACGUUCUUGCAGGAUGAUUCGCAUGAUUAAGGCAGCUUACAAGAUGAAGCAAGACUAAGUAGAGUAGAAUUAAAACAACAACUGCAAAUCGCUUCGCCUCUAUCGUUUUUUGAUAUCUAUUCCAUUUAUUCUAUCUCAUUUCGUGGCUACUCCUACCUAGUCUUGACACAAAAUCCACAGUGCGAAUAGAGGUAGAUACAGUACUGCCUAGUCUUACCUCUGACACAAAAUCCACAGUGCGAAUAGAGGUACUCGAAAACGGAAAAUAACCGAGUUACUGACUGAAAGAAGGGAGAUAGCUUUGACAGGGCUACUCUUCCUUGUUCAGAGAACAUCUCGCUUUUUUUCAGUAGUUACUCGCUUAUUUCAGUUUUUCGAAUAGAUACAGCACUGCCUAGUGCAGUUACCUCUAACAGAAAAUCCACGGCAGUCCUUUCAGUACCCGAUUGCAUUAUCGACAUUGUCCGGUCGAGCCACAAAGUGUCUUUGUCCAACUCAGAAGAACCUUCGCUACCGGUUCUCAGCCUGGAGGUGUUUGCAACUUCCUGUUCGCAGAUCCAUUGUUUUUUGGCAGUGGUUCAUCUGGUGAAAAUGUUCUUAAGACCGCCACUAAUGCUAAUCCAUCUUGUAGUAGUUCCAGAACAAAUUCUUGGUCCCGUUUUUGAAUCAAAAACGGGUUGAACCAAGAGCAAGAAGUUGUUCUGGAAGAUGGAUCUAGGUACUUAGCUGGCUCUAAUACCAACGGAGGAGGUUCGUGUGCUAGGACAACGAAUGUAGAAGUACUUUCUAUAUCACGUGCCCCACGGGUCAUGUCUGGAGGCUUCAUGAACUUCAAAAAACGCGUAUUGGAUAAAAUGCUUGGGCCACUAGCUUCACCGUCGUGGGAACCAGAAGUCGCGGCAGAAGGGUUUUCUUAUGGUCUUUGGGUUAGUGAUGUUACUGGAGGAUGAAGAUGUGGCACCCUUGCGUGAUGUGUUUGUCGCUCUUUCUUUUGCUGAUCAACAACCUAGGAGGUAUAUCCGCCUGAGACAUCGAUCUCCUCUCAAGCAAUAGCUCCACUCAACCAAUAGCUAUGAGCCUCCAAGAGCAACAGCAAGACGACGUCACUGUCUGGGUCCGUGCGACGAGCUUUAGCUGGCAUCAACAAAUAUUGAGGACGAACUUAUAUCACCUGGCAGACACGUGGAACAAAGUAGUACCGAUACUGGGUGCACAUCAUGCGGGGAUGGAGGUAUUAAUUCGGGCUAUCUCAGUAGGGGUAAUAUACUGUGAAUUUUUAGAGUUUCUUAGCGUGUACUUAAGUAACAUCUUCAGAUCUUUAUUUUCACGACUCGUGAGCAGAGUGCUGCCCGCACAGAUUCAGCCAUUGUGCUCAGCUGUCACUUCUUCAAUUGAACAGUUUCUCCUUCACCAAUCCUGAAAGGUCCGCUCGGUCCCAUGGGGUUACAGAGGAGAAGAAGAGGAUCAGACCGACGCUGAAAUCCGAACCAGAGGAAUCGAUACCAAUGCUCCGGAACAAAAAAUGACAUCGUCAAAUGUUAACGACAUCGAAAAUGGAACUCCAGAAACGGUUGGACGAAGAGGUUGGGCGGAGAGACGUGAUUUCUACAAAAGCGCAAGAAAUCUACAUCGACAGUUUGCUUUGCAUUAUGAGAGAGGGUCACUUGAAGAGUUUGAGUUUGGUGUGCCUACUUACUAUGGAAAAUGAAGUGACCACGACUUCGAAAUCGAACGACCUAAAAAUACUUCUUCUUUCCUUACUAGUCCAUAUUCUCCAUAAGUACGCCUUUGAUAACAGCAAGCCCGGGCCUUAGCCUGACUCCAUCAAUCUGCCAUAUUACACAUCCCACUCCUCCCUCUCAACAUAAUCUAAUUUCCCACUCCCCACUUGCCUCUCGCGCCUUUAUUCGUCCUAGACAACCGUAGCGGCAACCUGGUGACGCCUCCCGAUCCACUAGUGGCUCUUAGUUCAGGAGCUCAGAGCACAGGGAGUCAACGUAGACACAGACGAGACUUCCACGACCACGGUGUUAUUAAGGGUAGGUUAAAGGUGCUUUUCUUACCGCUUUUUAUGCCUCUCUCCCUUAGGAUGGGAAAGGCAUAACAAGCGGGGUAAGCGAGCACCAAAAACCUACCUCUAAUGUUAUUUCGGCACCACGCGUCGAUCGUGGACGUGGAAUGCGAAACCACGUUGCUGAAGGAGUGGGUGGUUAUGCUGUUUUCACUGCACAGAAGUAAAAUGUAGUUACAAGAACAAGAAGCCGGGUUUUCUUACACCUCAACACGUAGUUCUUCUCAUUAUUACUAACAGCAACAGCUUCCCAGCAUCCCUCGUCCCUCUAAUUCCCCAGCUCCGUCGCCACGAUCAUCGACUUUGCGUAUCACAUAUACGAUGAGUACGAUUUCGGGAUAGGUAUCUCAAUCGAAGAACCGAAAAUCGCCAUGGUUGGAUAUGCUGGCGGAUUCCACAAGAGCGUCUUUUCGGGAUACGCUUUUGUUAGUAAGAAUUAUGGCAACAACGAUACUUGAUAGUAUAUCGCUCGGUUUGCUUGCUCUUCUUAGAAGGUACAGGCAGACUGAAAUAACUUCUCUUUCAAUAAGUUACUUUGAAACACGAGAGGUUCCAUGACAUGACAUGACAUGAAAAUGUCCAUUACAUCCUCGUGAACAAAGUGGGGGGAUCAAUACAAUCCUAGGAUGUUGAUUAUGAAAGUAGUUCAUCUUGCAGCGAGUCUACUUCCAAAAGGCAUUGCUCUAAUCAAAAGAGUUGGCCUGGGCGAUUCGCAAGAUAGACGGAGAAGAAAAGUCCUACCAUUUAACAGACAGAAAUUGCAUCGACUUCGUACGAAAAAUGGGGCAGGUGUUCACUUAUGGAAACGGCGGGGGGUUUAGCUUUGUUUCGUAUAUUCAUUGUAUUGAUUCGUAGUGACGUGUUAAUAGUAUUCAAUCAACUUUUCUGUGCUAAUCUCAAGUCGAAGGCUGGCGCAGGCCUCUUCCGAUGAAAUACUACGCGCUUCCAACGAUCGCUAGUGCGCUCUAUAAAGGGGCCACGGGAAAUCACGAUGGGACACCUCGAAAGAAGCCGUCGCGUAGUUGUUGCUGAGUGUUAACAAUUGUUUUUGCGGAAGUGUUGACACACACUACGUACUGAAGGCCUUGUGGCUACUUUGUCAGACGUGUGGUGGCUACUUUGUCCCGGACACGUUGGAUCCUCAUCCAUCGUGUCGUGGCCGACUAAUUUGCAAAUCGAUUAUGCAAAUGCACCAUGUGGACGAGUAGUAUAACUCAAAAAAAAACUUUCAUGAUUUUGUUCGUCUUUGCACUCAGACCCUGUAUGUAAUAUCUUAAAGUAAAAAUGCUAAAAAUACUGUUGUUUGAAGAGUGGUUCUCCUUGUACAAGAACAUGUGUGAUUUUCCUCUGUGUCUCGGGCACAAAACGUGUGUAGAUGAAGAUAGAUUUCGAGUUCACCCUAAGAAAGAAGAUUCUUCUGUUGUUUGCGAAUAUAGUUUGGCUCCAUCUACUACGAAGCAAUUUUACUACAUUGACAUUCAAUAAUCACCUGAAGAUCUCCACUAAUUGCUAGUCUGAUUCAAGAACCUUAUCUGCUCGACAGUAUCCACAAAGAUACAGACUCAUGAGAUCGUUUCUCAUCAUGUUGAGAGUCCUUCUUAGUCUGUGAAAAUGAAUCCUUUAUUUCAAUAAGCAGCGUAUGAUGAAACGUCAACAUGGUAGUUUCUGAAAGUUUAUCAAGAUGAUGCACAAGAACACAUACAUAAUUGUCUGCACCAUGCCACUAAGUACAUGAUCAUGAU